CCAUCGGAAUUCCCAAAUUGAUUUCAACACAGAGAGAAAGAAGAGUGUUUUGACGCAUACGAAAUGUCGAAUAUGCCCUUGCAUGUUAAAAUUAAAACUUAAAAUCCACUGUAGAGUAUUUCGAAAACCCUAGAGAGAGAUGGGGAGGAGGAUACUGAAUGAUGCGUUGAGGAGUAUGGUGAAUGCAGAGAGGAGAGGGAAAGCUUUGGUGGAACUCAAGCCAAUCUCCACUGUUAUGUCUUCCUUUCUCCAAAUCAUGAAACACCAUGGGUAUAUCAAGGACUUUCAAGUCUAUGAUCCGCAUAGAGUGGGGAGGAUAAGAGUUGAACUACAAGGUAGGAUUAACGAUUGCAAGGCCCUUUCGCACCGAAAGGACCUUAAGGCAAGGGAUAUUGAAGCCUAUAGAUUGCAGACUCUUCCAACACAUCAGUGGGGUUAUGUUGUCAUUACAACUCCUGAUGGUAUUUUGGAUCAUGAAGAGGCCAUUAGGAAGAAUGUAGGUGGCCAGGUUCUUGGUUACUUUCACUAAAAUGAUCAUUACUGUGCUAUUUUGGUCAGGUAUUAGGUUCUGCUAUGUUUCCAGAUAAACAUUCCAUCAAUGUUUUUAUGCGAUUACAGAUUUUUUUUUUCCUGUAUGAAUGUUAUAACAUAGCAGCUCAUGCAUGAUGAGUAUGAUGGAUUGGAUUUGAUGCUUUGUGGAAAUUUGUCCCGUUUUUUAUAAAUGGUGUACUUGACAUGAAUGGGUAUUAUAUCCUUAGUUUGUAAUCUACUUCAAAUUCAAAUUCCAUGUUGCACUUA